GGAUAUGGAUCCCGAGCUUGAAGAUGAUGACAGCUGGAUCGGCGUCGUCCCAGUUGGGGAGGAACAGGCCGAGAUUGCGAGGGGCAACAAAGAAGAGUCCUUCACCACUGCUGUGGUCAACAAGAUGAAGCGGGCCCUGGUUCUGGGAGCCUCAGCUCUGCUCAUCCUCGCCCUGAAUCAGAACACGAUCCGAGAGCUGGACGUCUCCCAGGUUCUUUCAAAGCCUGUGAUUGUCGUCCAGACUUCUGAAAAUGUUACCAAGCUUCUUGGAGCACUGCUGCGGGGUCUUCAGGCCACAGCCAAGAUUACGUACCAAGCAGUGCUGCUGGAGAACGUGGGGGUGACGCUGACUCUGUGGUCCACGUGUGGCCUCUCCCGGGGUGGCCUGUAUGGAGAGUGGCAGGGAGUCAUUUGUACUGGAGAGAAUAGCUCCCGAGUCCAGAAGUAUCUCCAGCAGCUGUGGAAUGCCAUCCUGCUCAUCGCCUUGGUCCUGUGCACAGGCGUCAUCAUGCAGGCGCAGCGGCAGUCCCGGCACAGCCGGCGGGACCAGGAAUCCGAGCUGGAUCUCAAGCAGCACAUUGCGCAGAGGCUGUCUGCUCUGAAAACCCGGCGCUACCACCCUGGCAAGCCACCCCGGAGCUGGGCUCAUGAGAUCGACAGCUGUGCCAUCUGCUUGGACCGAUUCCACAAGAAUCAGUGUCUCCGAGUGCUGCCAUGCCUGCAUGAAUUUCACCGGGACUGUGUGGACCCGUGGCUGCUGCUCCAGCAGACCUGCCCCCUCUGCAAACACAACAUUCUAGGCACCUGUUGCCAAGACAGCUAGCCAGAGGGUGGCCUGUCCUUGAGGAUGGACCUUCCUGUGCCCCAGGGGAGAGACUAGGCUCUGCCACGUCUUGUGCUGCCUCGGGUUGCUCGGGCCGAAGAGAAGAAACGUACUUGGCCCUUCGGGCUCCCCCUGGUGGGAACUGGGUGUCUGUAAAAUAGUGUGUACGUCUGUCCUUGGGCCUGCCUGAGUGUCUGCACAUUGAACUGAAUCCAUUAUCGCCCUUUUGGUGCAUCUACCGGAACCCCUGUGCAGGUUUAACAUAGGCUGGGGGAAGUGCUCCGACCUGGUGGCCUGGCUGUUUGCAAGGGAGCAGGCCUGGCUGUUUGUACCUUCACAACCGUCAUUUGUUUUGACACCAUGAGGUGGAGAGCAGCGCUGCUCUUGAGAGCUGGUGGGAGGGAACCAAAAUGCUUGCUUAUUUAUACUAACUUAUUAGAAGGGCUGAAGGCGACUGCAGGGGCUGAGCAAUGGCUGCCGAGCUGCCACAGAACCCAUCCAAGAGAGGGCCCGGCAUGGAAAGCCACCUGUACUAAUAAAAACAAAGCAAAGAGAAA